AUAGAAUGCCUUCUUCGUAGAACCAUGUAUACCCCUUAAACACACAACUUCAAAGUUGUUGAAAAAAAUUAAAAUGGUAGAAUUUCAUGAGUUAUUGACUGUGAUGGUUUCACUCUUUUUAGUGAAGAUAUUUCAUUGGGUCUAUCAGUGGAGAAAUCCAAAAACUAAUGGAAAACUACCUCCAGGGUCUAUGGGCUUUCCGUUCAUUGGAGAGACUUUUGAGUUCUUUAAGCCUCAUGACGCUCUUCAAUUUUCAACAUUCAUCAAAGACAGAGUCCUUAGACAUGGACCAGUUUUUCGGACAAGCUUAUUUGGAGACAAAGCUAUAAUCUCAAUGGAUAUGGAAUUGAAUCUCGAGAUGGCGAAGGCAAAUUCCGUCCCUGGUGUCACGAAGAGCGUAAUACGACUAUUUGGGGAGAACAACUUGUUUUUGCAGAGCAAGGAGUCCCAUAAACAUGUUCGGAACUUGACGUUCCAGUUGUUGGGUCCACAAGGUUUAAAAUCAAGGAUGAUUGAAGACGUGGAUCUCUUGGCUCGCACGUACAUGGAGGAAGGAGCUAGGAACGGCUACCUUGACGUAAAGGAAACAUCAAGCAAGAUUUUAAUUGGAUGCCUUGCGAAGAAAGUUAUGGGCGAGAUGGAACCAGAGGCGGCGAAAGAACUCGCCCUCUGCUGGAGAUAUUUUCAGAGUGGCUGGUUUAGAUUCUUUCUCAACCUUCCUGGGACAGGUGUCUAUAAAAUGAUGAAGGCAAGAAAGAGGAUGAUGAAGUUACUAAGGAAGACAGUGUUGACGAAGAGAGCAUCAGGAGAGGAGUUAGGGGAGUUCUUCAACAUCAUAUUUGGAGAAAUGGAAGGAGAAGGAGAAACGAUGAGCGUAGAGAAUGCGGUCGAGUACAUAUAUACCUUCUUUUUGGUUGCUAAUGAAACAACACCAAGGAUUCUUGCGGCUACAGUAAAGUUUAUAAGCGACCACCCUAAAGUCAAGCAAGAGUUACAAAGAGAACAUGAAGAAAUUGUUCGGGGUAAGGCAGAGAAGGAAGGCGGCCUAACAUGGGAAGACUACAAAUCAAUGCAUUUCACUCAGAUGGUUAUCAAUGAGUCGCUUAGAAUCAUAAGCACAGCACCAACAGUUCUUAGAGUACUUGAACAUGAUUUCCAAGUUGGUGAUUAUACAAUUCCAGCUGGUUGGACCUUUAUGGGAUAUCCUCAUAUCCAUUUCAAUUCAGAAAAAUACGAAGACCCUUACGCAUUUAAUCCAUGGCGCUGGGAGGGAAAGGAUUUGGGCGCGAUCGUCUCCAAGACUUUCAUUCCCUUCGGUGCAGGUCGUAGACUUUGUGUAGGGGCUGAGUUUGCUAAGAUGCAGAUGGCCGUUUUUAUCCAUCAUUUGUUUAGAUACAGGUGGUCUAUGAAGUCAGGGACAACAAUAAUUCGAAGCUUUAUGCUUAUGUUUCCAGGUGGGUGUGAUGUUCAAAUUUCAGAAGACACUGAAGUCGAUAAGUGAGCUGGUUAUUCCAGUGGUUAUAUUCCAUACAAGGUUAUUUCGGUUUGAAUAUAUAGUUAUGUAUAAAAGUCCCGAUUGCUGCGAAUGAUGAGUAUGCUUUUCGUUUCUUAUAUUAUCUCUACACAUUAUCCGAAGAGUGUUCCCCUUAGCUACCGUUGGAAUCACAUGAAAUAAAAGGCUAUUUAAAAAUUAUACUGCUUGAGUUAAAUUUCAUUUUGUUUUUG